AUGGAAAUUACCAGAGAGAUUGGCCUACGAUAUCUCUGGAUUGACUCCUUAUGCAUCGUUCAGGGAGACCACGAAGAGUGGUUGCGCGAAUCGGAGAAGAUGGGCUCUGUCUACGAGAAUGCUUAUCUAGUCGUCGCCGCUGCCGAUGCGCGCGAUUCCACCGAGGGUUGUUUCAUUGAGUCCGCAAGAUCGCCGAGACUAGAGAUUGUCAAGAUCCCAUAUGUUCAACCCUCCGGAGAACCGCUAGGAUCGUUGUAUGCCGGUGAUUGGAGCGAGGAAACAUUCCAAGAUCCGGAUGAGAACAAAAGUCUUUUAUCCACUAGGGCGUGGAUCACGCAAGAAUGGAUAUUGGCGAGACGAAUUGUUUUCUACACACGCGAAGGAAUAGUAUGGUCCUGUAGGACGAUUCGAUCGCCACCAAGCGGCGUCAACGAAAUUUCGCACCGAAGUGAACUUUCGGACUGGUGGUCUUUAAUCCAGACUCAUUCAUCCCGCAACCUCACUUACUUCACAGACAGACUCAUCUCACUCGAUGGGAUCCGAACUGAAGUUCAGAAAAGAGACCAUACUGUUUACAAGUUUGGUAUGUUUGAGAAAGACCUGCAGACCCAGUUGCUGUGGCUAGUAUGUCCGGAAUCGCACGCUGCGCGGCCGGAUCAAAGUCCCAUCCCGGCUCCCUCUUGGUCUUGGGUUUCAAGAACGUCCAGCAUCCAGUUCUUUAAGGACUGGAGUAUGACCGGCCCCUAUAGAGACGAAAGAGACAAAAUAGAUUGCGGAGACGUGUUUUUCGAGGAUGACGUGGUCGUUAUUACUGAUGGGACAGUAAUGAAGCUCCAUCCAGCGGACUGGGAUCCAACUACGGAGAGGUCCAGAACUAACAUUUUCCGCCGAGAUAGUGAUACAUCAACCACAGAGUCGGAAACAAAUGAGCAGGAUGAAGAUCAAGCUGCUAAAGGACUUGAAAUAACCGAUCACGAAGAGGAACACACGAGUUGGUACUCCGAUAUCGAACCGGACAGUUCUGUCGACUAUUAUGACAGUUAUCCAUACAUACUGUUUGACGAUGGUAAUAUCCCCAGCCAGGAUGCAGGCCCUCUUUUCGCUGUCUAUUUGACUAGGAAGUAUCUUGUUUGGCCGCAUGACAAGGAGGUACAGUAUGAGCAGUACUUUAUCGUCUUGGAACCGUGUCUCGAAGGACCUGCCGACACAUAUACCAGGGUUGGGGCAGGAUGGAUUGCCAAUGACGUGAGGAGAGGACUAAGAUUUCAAAGUGAGAAGAAGAGAAGGAUCAGAAUAGUCUAG